CCCUCGCCCGCGCACCUUUCCGCGCCGCCUCCUUCCUUUCCUCGCGUGCUCUGGCGCGCGCAAGGAUCAAAAGGCGCCGGCCACUAGAGGCGAGUGAGUCGCAUGUAAACGACCACCAGCUGCUGUGAUCUCAAAAGGGAGCGAGAGACAAAGGAGAGGCGAGCAGGUCGUGGCGGCAGCAAUCGUUGCGAAUCCGCGCGGGAUUCUGUCCUCUGCACCACUGCUUCCCGCUUUCCUGCCCGGCGGAAGUGGUAUAAUUCUCCAACGCGGUUGACUGUAUUGCCUCUCGCUCUCGGUGGGUGGGGGCAUGGACGAGGCAGAGGAGAUGCAGGUGGAGAGGCUGCACGAGGAGGCCGAUGCGGGGGGAGCCGACACGGACAAGCUCAGCUACGAGAUAUUCUCCAUCCUCGAGAGCAAGUUCCUGUUCGGCUAUACCGACCCGCACCAGCUCUGGCUGCCCAAGCCGGCGGCGGAACUGCCGGCGCAGGCGUCCGCGGCGGCGCCGGGUAAGGCGGCGCAGCGCGGGAAGGUCUGCGUGCUCUGCGUGGACGGCGGCGGGGGCGGCCUGCGGGCGCUGCUGCCAGGCCGCGCGCUGGCGCACCUGGAGGCCGCGCUGCGCCGCGCGUCGGGGGACCCCGACGCCCGCGUCGCCGACUACUUCGACCUCGCGGCGGGCACCGGCGCCGGCGGCGUGUUCGCCGCGAUGCUCUUCUCCACGCACUCGCGCGGCGCGCCGCUGUUCCACGCCGACGACACGUGGCGGCUCGUCGCGGACCACGCGCCGCGCAUGUUCCGCAGGCCCGCGGCCUCCUCGUCCACGUCCCUCUUCUGCCGCGGCAAGAAGCGGCCCCUGGCCGCGCCAACGGCGGCGCUGGAGGCGGCAAUGAAGGCGGCGUUCGGCCAGGAGCUCACCCUGCGGGACACCAUCAAGCCCGUGCUCAUCUCUUGCUACGACCUCAAGACGUCCGCGCCGCUGGUGUUCUCGCGCGCCGACGCACUGGAGAACGGGAGCUACGACUUCCGCCUCUGCGAGGUCGGGCGCGCCGCGUGGUCCGAGGCCGGACGCUUCGAGCCCGCCGAGGUGGCGUCGGUGGACGGCGCCACGUCCUGCGCCGCUGUAGACGGCGGCCCCACCAUGGGCAGCCCGGCGGCCGCCGCCAUCACGCACGUGCUCCACAACAAGCACGAGUUCCCGUUCGUGCGCGGGGUCGAGGACCUCCUCGUGCUCUCCAUCGGCGGCUGCUCUGGCGGAGGCUCUGGCGCCGCUGGCGAGGCGGAACUCCGGCGCAUGCGUCGGUGGGGUCCCAAGGAGUGGGCACGCCCCAUCGCCCGUAUUGCGGCCGACGGCGCCGCCGACCUUGUCGACCACGCCGUGGCGCGCGCCUUCGGCCAAUGCCGCGCAUCCAACUACCUGCGCAUCCAGGCGAAGCGGGAGAGCAUGCCGCCGUGCGGUCCGGACGGGGAGUACGACCCGACCCCAGGCAACGUGCGCGCGCUGCUCGCGGCGGCGGACGAGAUGCUCAAGCAGCGGAACGUGGAGUCGGUGCUGUUCGAGGGGAGGCGAGUCGGGGAGCAGACGAACGCGGAGAAGCUGGACUGGUUCGCGGCAGAGCUCGUCGCCGAGCACCGCAGCAGAGCCUCCCGGAUCGCACCCACCGUUGCGUUCAAGCAGGCGCCGCAGAAGCCGUAGGCGCUGGACUGAGCUGGUGGCCGUAAGACCGUGGCGUUAAGGGCAUGUAGGCCUCUCUUUCUUCUUGCUUGGGCUGGCGGCUGGAAUUCCUGCUGCAUAUUUUUGACGCGGCAGCAUGGCAUAUCAAUAUGGCAUUGCUCCCGGGAAGCAUUUGCCGCUGUGAAAUCGUUUCAAGGGAGGAUGGAAUAUGAAAGGAACGAACGUUGCCGAUAUAAAAAUUCUAAUCUUCAGUUCAGCUUA